GGUCAAUGUUAUGAUUGUUCAACCUAAAUAAACUUCUAAUUUUUACUAAGUGCUACUGAGAAAGUGUAAAUCAUCAUCGAAAAGGUACCACAACCGGCUACCGCCCUUUUCUGAAGACUAUUACUCGAUGUUAAUGUUAACGAAACUCGACCUGGUAAAGAAGGAUGUGGAGCCCGAGAGAGCAACCGUAGCAAAGCGUCCGAAAGAAGAUGCGAGCGAAGAAGCAGGAAAGAAUUUAACAGUUACUGCUGACAGUGAUCAUGGACAACAGAAGGUGAUAAAACAGGAAGUAGAUUUAGAUGAUGAAGAGGAGAAUCUUUCUUUUACAUAUAAUUGCAAAGUAUGCGGCGUAUUUUUUGCCAAUCAAACUCUUUUGGACAAUCAUGAGAUCGAGCACAAGGGUAAACGUAAAAGUACUUGUGCUCAGUGCGGCCGAGUAUUUCAAACUUUUGUUAAUCUACGAAAACACAUGAAAAAGCACAACGGUCGUAAAGUGAAAAAAGAGAAACCAGAAUCGGAGUUACUCUGUAAAACCUGUAACAAGGUUUUCCGGCACAAGAGCAAUUACCGAAAACAUUUGUUACGGCAUACCGUUGGUGAUCUGACUUGCAAGCACUGUCCAAAAAAAUUCCGUCUCUUUCGCGAUCUUACUAGGCACGAGAAGACUCAUUUUUAUCCAAGUUACAUGUGCAAGCAAUGCGACUAUGAGACUACGGUAUUAGCUGCUCUCAGCAUUCAUAUGUUACGGCACACAGAUAAGGCUGAUCUACCGUUUAAGUGUAACGAAUGCGACAAACAUUUCCGUAAGGCUAUUGAUCUGCAGGAACACUAUAAUAUUCAUUCUGGUGACAAGCCGUUUGACUGUCAAAUCUGUGGAACAGCCUUUUUCUUAAGAAGACAACUCUCAGCACAUUGCCGUCGAAUGCAUCCAGACAUGAAGGCCAACAAGGUGACGACCAGUACUGCUUGUGAUAUAUGCGGUCGCGUUCUUGCUACCAAGAGAUCAUUAUUUCGCCAUAAAGAGAGUCACAAUCCAACCAAACUCUAUCUCUGUGAUUAUUGCGGCAAAAGUCUUAGCAGUGCUGAACAUUUGAAGAAACAUCGACGAAUUCAUACCGGCGAAAAACCUUACGUAUGUGACAUAUGUGGAAAGGGAUUCACCGAUUCGGAAAAUCUUAGGAUGCACAGGCGCGUUCAUACAGGCGAAAAACCAUACCAAUGCGAUCAGUGUCCUAAGGCUUUCUCACAAAGAUCGACUCUAACUAUACACAGACGCGGACAUACCGGGGAGAGACCUUACGUCUGUCAGAUUUGUAAUCGUGGUUUUUCCUGUCAGGGUAAUCUCACGGCACACCAGAAGUCCACCUGCGUUUAAAAAAGAAACAAUAUUCGAUCAACAGUGACAUUUUUGGUUCGAUUCUGUUGUUUAUUUGGCAGGCAUGUAUGUGAGUAUGUUUGUGUAAGAUUGCGCAUAUGUAUGCACGUAUAUGUUCGCUAAACAAAAUUUAAUUUAACAAAAUCGAUCAAAUUCAUUUUCGCUAACAAAUUUGAUAGUUUAGUUAUUGAUUUGUAUAUUAAUUCGUACCUGUAUUCAUUUUCUUAAGUUUCUUUGCUUUUUCAAUGUAUGUUUCAAAUAUUUGCCAUUACUUUGUAAGACUGUGUUCCAUGGCUUUCUUCAUACAUUACACUGUAUUACUCUCUUUUUGUAUAUUUGUUACAUCUAACAAUUAUACUUUUUUUUUGUAUUCUUUGUAGAGAACAUUUUUUUAUAAU